AAGAAGUGAAAUUGAACCAGUGCAUGUGUUAUUGUUGGCAUAAUGACCCUCACAAGAUACAUCAAGAUUUGUUUUAAAACACGAGUUCACAUCAUGAAUCUUGCAAACGAAAUUUCGAGCUUUCAUGUUGGUAAUACUCUGACUCCAGACAUAUUUAUUCCAUGAUGUUUAGUGACAGUAUCCCCCCCCCCCGGCUUACACAUAAUCAUUACUUCAUCAUCAUUGGAAUUUAUGUGGAGGAUAUGGUUGAACACUUUGAUGGGUGGAAAAAUUGUGGGAAUGGGUUCAGCUGUUGAAUCAGUAUUAUUAUAUGGCAGUGAAACACAGACACUGACAAAGAAAUUAUUGAACAGGUUAGAUGGCUGCUACACAAGGAUACUACAAACGGCCCUAAAUGUGGAAUGGUAGUAACAUUUGAGAAACAAAUGCCUUUAUGGAGACCUGCCAAAAGCUAGCAAGAUCAGGCCAAGACAGCUGUGACUAUCUGGUCGCUGUGUAUGCCACCCUGAACUGCAAACAUUUGAAUUAGUCUUGUGGAAUCUACUUCAUGGUGAUGCUUACCUCGUCACACUUACAUUGAUAACUUGAUUUCAGACACUGGCCUGGAAUGUAUCCAGGACCAAGAGGUGUGACAAGUGGAUUUGGGUUGGAACUCAGCCAUAAGAAGAGGAAGGUUAUAACACAAGGUGCAACUGAAAAACCUCCCAUAUUUUAUGUGGCCAUUGGUGUGGCACCAGUGCAGUUUGGCAGGGAUUAAUGGUGUUUUCAGCAACUUUCAAUUUUGGCACAUUCCACAAAUACAGUAUAAAAAUCCCAAGCUACAAAUACUCACUAUGAAGAAUAUGACACCAACACCUUUUAUACAGUUCAUUUUAGAUUCUGGUGAAAAAGUUGUUAUGGAUGUUUACAACAAAGAACAAGAAGAAAUUCAUGAACACAUUAGGAAAAUCUUUUGUAAAACCCAAAAUCCCCUUUCUACAGAUGCCACAACCAAAGAAAGUAAUGUACAUCCUGCAAAUUUUGGUCAUGGUUGCUCUCGUUGGUGUAUAUGUGAAGUUCCUGGUCAAGUUCCUUGUUCUGGUUUUGUUACAACUCGUCCUGAAGUAAUGGGUAAAAAUACAUGGCAAGUUCUUAAACAGAAAGAAAAAGAGGAAAUGUAGAAAAUUUGUUGUAUAUUUUGAAUAUUUAUGUUUGCAAAUAUUUACCAGUUUUAUAGAUUUUUCUGAAAGAUGAACUUUCAAAUCCUGAGGGAUUUUAAUUUUAAACUCCUAAAUAAAGUUUUCACACCAAUCAUUACUUCA